UUGCUGCCUUUCUAGGGUUUUUCAAGAGACAUGAGAAAUGACACUGAAAUCACAGAGUUCAUCCUCCUAGGCUUCCCAGGUAUCCAAGGCUUACAAGCCCCUCUUUUUAUAGUGAUCUUUCUCAUCUACAUAUUAACCGUUGCAGGUAAUGGACUCAUUAUUGUUAUUGUGUGGGUUGAGCCCAGGCUUCAAAUUCCAAUGUACUUCUUCCUUUGCAACUUGGCCUUUCUAGAGAUCUGGUACACCACCACCAUCAUCCCCAAACUGCUAGAAACAUUUGUUGUAUCAAGGACGGUCAUCUGCACUGCCUGCUGCCUACUGCAGGCCUUCUUCCACUUCUUCCUGGGCACCACUGAAUUCUUGAUCCUUGCUGCCAUGUCUUUUGACCGCUAUCUGGCCAUCUGCCAGCCCCUUCGCUACCCCUCUAUCAUGACCAGCAACCUCUGCCUGCAGCUGGCUCUCAGCUCCUGGCUGACAGGCUUCACCAUUGUCUUUUGUCAAACGAUGUUACUUAUUCAGUUACCUUUCUGUGGCAACAAUGUCAUCAACCAUUUCUACUGUGAUGUUGGUCCCAUCUUGAAAGCUGCCUGUGCAGACACUAGCAUUUUGGAACUCUUAGGUCUCCUGGCAACCAUACUUGUGAUCCCAGGGUCACUCCUCUUUACAAUCACUUCUUACAUCUACAUCCUAACCACUAUCCUAUGGAUUCCUUCAGCCACCGGCCGCCAAAAGGCUUUUUCUACCUGUGCCUCUCAUCUAAUAGUUGUUUCUCUGCUCUAUGGAGCUGUUUUGUUCAUGUACUUGAGACCCACAGCACAUUCCUCCUUUAAGAUUAAUAAGGUGGUAUCUGUGCUAAAUACCAUCCUCACACCCCUUCUCAAUCCCUUCAUUUAUACCAUUAGAAACAAGGAAGUAAAAGGAGCUCUAAGAAAAGCAAUGACUUGUCUAAAGACUCAUCACAAAAGUGAAAUAUAUCAAAAUGAGCUUAGUGCAUAUGCUAAUCUGGUCAGAGGGACUUAA